AUGCCGAAAAGAUUGCGGGCAUGGACCAUCAGAUAUAUUAAUUUUGGCACCAGACUCUUCGCGAAAUCUGUUGACAAUCCCUUGUUCAAGGGAUCAAAGACGGGACGCAUUUAUUUAACAUCCCAUCGCAUGAUUUUCAACAGCAAGAAAUCGGCAGAUCCACUGAAAUCCUUCAGUGCACUGUUCGUGGCGCUCUCCGAUGUUGAAAUCGAGCAGCCGGUCUUUGGUGCCAACUACAUAAAGGGAAAGGUACGUGCCCAACCCAAUGGCAACUAUAUCGGCGAGGUAAAGUUCAAAUUGCACUUCAAAGCUCGGUUGCGUGCCGCCAAGACCGCCAUGAACGACUACCAUCGCGGUGGUCUGCCUGUUGACGAUCCUCCGCCAUAUGCCCCAGCCGGCGCAUUGCACGAGGCGCCUCCACCGGCAUAUCAGCCACCACCCGGUUACUAUGGUUGGCUGCCGCAACAUGAUGCAUUCAUGUCACCUGCACCUCGUUUCAUUAUAUAUUCGAUAGCACCACCUGCCAAUCAGCCAGCACCACAGCCGCAGCAGCAGCCGCAGCCAUCUGAACCCACUUGGUAUGGUUUUUCAGUGGGUGGAGCUCCAUCGCAGCAGCAACCACAACAGCCGCCAGCUGCAGGUCUAGCCACCGGAACAGCUGGAGGUACAGCCGCCGCUAGUUUUAUGGGCUUCAGUUUGCCACCAGGAAGUAAGUAUUGCGAUUGA